AUGUCUGCACCAGAUGAACUCGUUCCCCGUCAGUAUCAAGAAGAAAUCUUUGUCCAAGCACAAGAAGGAAAUGUAAUCGCAGCAUUGGGGACUGGAAGUGGGAAGACCUUCAUCAGCAUACUUCUCAUCAAAUGGAUUGCGACUCGAGAAGUUUCUCGAGGAAAAGCCAUCAUAUUUCUUGUUCCAAAAGUCCCUUUGGUUGAACAGCAGGGAGAAUUCAUCGCGAAACACACAACUUUACGCGUCGUUAGACUGCACGGGGCUUCCGCGCAUGAGCUCACAGAUAGGGCAAGUUGGGAGAAGCUAUUCUCAAAGAACGAUGUAUUUGUUAUGACAGCACAGAUCUUCCUGAACCUUAUUACACAUUCUUUAUGGACGAUCGACAAGGUCUCGCUGUUGGUCUUCGACGAGUGCCACCAUGCACGGAAGAACCACCCUUACAAUGGUAUCAUGCGCGAGUACAUGCUCGUUUCAGAGGAGAACCGUCCGAAAAUCUUUGGGUUGACGGCUUCACCGAUACAGAACGCGAAGAAUCCUAUAAGCUCCUUAAAUGAAUUGCAGACAAACAUGAACGCGAGAGUUAUCGGUGUCCUUGAUAACGUCGCUGAACUUGCGAAGCAUUCUCCCAAACCGGUUGAGGUGAUAUCGGAAUAUUCGUUGCCCUCAGAACAAUAUCAAUAUCCUAGCCCCUGGUUAUAUGAUUACCUCAACGUGUUCGAUCUUGGCACUCUAAACGUUCUAUCUUCAUCGUGGGUUGAGAUCGAAAGACGUUAUCAUGCGACGAUGGCGAAUCUCGGUCCUUAUUGCGCAUCUCUGUACCUAUUCUUGGAGAUAAAACGGUCGAUCCUUGCCCUAGGUCAACCUCAGGUCCACAAGGAUGUGGAUAAUGACUUGAUCGUCCCCCAAAUCACAGCUGAUCAAGAAAUUCCCAGCGAGAUAGUUUGCAUCGCCGACAUCCUCUCAGAAUUCGAAUGUUUCUUCAGCUCUAUCGAUGAUGGAUCCGUUCCUAUCACCAUUCCGAUACAGUGGUUCACUCCCAAGGUCAAUGUUCUCGUCGAAAUACUAAAAUCGCAUUACUCCAUGACCGAGUUUCAAGGGAUCAUAUUUGUCGAACAACGACAAGUUGCAGCGUGUUUAGCCAAAGUUCUGCCUCGGAUAAAAGAGCUGGAAGGAUUGGUUAGAUGUGGGGAGGUUGUUGGAAAUAAUGCAGAUGCGAAUGAUAUGGCUAAAGUUAUGGGAUCGGGGAGUCAUUCUGGUACGGUCAAACUUUUUCGAGAGGGAGCCCUAAAUCUGUUGAUCGCCACGUCAGUUGCAGAAGAAGGACUCGAUUUCCCGGCAUGCGAUCUCGUCAUCCGCUUCGACCCACUCCAACACAUGGUGGGGUACGUCCAAUCUAGAGGUCGAGCCCGAAACAAAAUCUCCAAAUUCAUUAUCAUGCUUCCCGCUGGCGAUUCUGUUUCCUUGGCUCGAUACCGUGCCUUCACCUCAGCAGAGUCAGAGUUGACGAAUUUAUAUACUUACCUUGCUCUGGCCGAAAGCCCUUCUGCAGAAGAACCUGAAGAUGUAAUGGACGACGAACCCCUAGACCCCGAAGAUCUAGCUGAACGAGAACGUUUCGUCGUACCCACAACGUCAGCAUUUGUGAACUACGACAACGCGAUCAGCUUGAUUGAACAUCUUUGUUCACUCAUUCCGCAUGACAUUUACACCCCACCCCACCAACCGGUCUACACUGGGGAUUUCCAGGCUACACUUGACCUUCCAACGAGUUUACCGUUGACGGCUAAUGAUCUUUCCUAUGAAGGACCGAUGAAACGGUCUAAGAAGGAAGCAAAGAGAGCGGUUGCGUUUACUGCAGUCAAGAGGCUUUAUGAGCUGGAGGUGUUUGAUGAAUACCUUCUUCCUGUGUCCUCAACCGAUGCGAAAGAAUCUGGCGUGGAGGGUCAUGUCGUGGAUGCGAAGAAACUUCCGAUAAUGCUCGAUGUCCUUGUCAAGGAUCCCUGGACGAUAGGCGACAACUUGUGGGUGCAUCCGGUUCAUCAUGAUGGGGUUCUUGUUGCUGGGUUAGUGACCGGAACGCGUUUGUAUCCCACGACUGUUCAGCAUGUCAAUGGUGAAUUUGGGAUUGGUCCUGGUUGUGUGAUGGCUUUUCCUGACGACGAGAACAGUGACGAGGAACCUUUUCGUUGGAUGAUGGAGGAGUAUACGAAGCUCUCUCUCUUUCUUCAAGUGACAACUGCGACUCUUUCUGGUCGCCCUAGUGCGUAUCUUAUACCGGUUACUGUCGACUUGAAACCCGAAUACGACGUAAUGAGGCGGCUGUUAUCGUUUCCUAGGGGACACUUGGACUGGACUGGGAUCAAAGAGGAGCACUAUCAACGAUUACUCGUGCGCAGCAUUAAUCAACCUGGUCGGACGCUGGUACUUCAUAACAUCCGAGACGACCUUACACCCAUGUCAUCACCUUCUCCUGGUUCACCAGAAGCAGCUUCACCGACGUACCACGAAUAUUACACCAAUCGAUGGACUCGGAAAAAGAAGAAUGAGGUUACAAUGUGGAAACCUUUCGUACCAACAGAGGGGCCUAUGAUCGAAGUGACGCGAAGAGUACUUUCUUCAUCGGGUGUGUACCGUCUUGAUGGACAAGGUAGUAAUUCAAAGCAGUCCAGAAAGGAAGAGACGCAGCUCAUACCUCAAGGCUGUUGCCCCUGGUUCGACAUCCCUCAGACGAUUUCCCUUGCGUACCAGGCUCUCCCCGUUCUAUGCCAACGAAUCACGGACGUAUAUCGUGCACGUGAAUCUCGUUGGGGAAUCGGACUACCGACAAUUCAGGAUGAUCUGUUGAUCCAAGCGUUGACGAUCCCUAAUGCUGGUGCUAGUUUCAACAAUCAACGAUUAGAAACUCUAGGUGAUGCCGUUUUGGAGCUAUGCACGACUGUUCAUUUUUUUAACAAGUUCCCUCAUAAACAUGAGGGACAGUUGUCGUCGUUGAGGCAGCAAUAUAUCAAUAAUCGGUUUUUGUGUGGACGUGCUCUCAUUGUGGGCCUUGAGGGGUACCUCACUUCUGAGAAACGCAGGCAGAAUAGGGUGUGGAGAUAUGUUGAGGGUGGUGAUGGUUAUGAUGAGGAAGAAGACGGGCGGAAUAGUAGACGUCGUGCAAAGCGGUCAUUUCCAAGGCGGAGUCUUCAGGACUGUAUGGAAGCUAUUUUGGGCGCCGCCUUUCUUACUGGUGGUAUUCCGAUGGCGUUAGAUGCAGGGGUUUCUCUAGGACUUUCUUUUGGUGGACUGUUGCCGUGGUAUCAGCGUUACGGCCGUGUUUUGGAGAGCCCAGUAUCGCAUUUGUUCACAAAAUUAGAGGAGAGGUUGGGCUACGAAUUUCGGAAUGGGCAGUUGUUGAAGGAAGCUGUCACACAUCCUUCCUUCUCUUCAUUCAGCGAUACGGGUACCUACCAGCGACUGGAAUUUCUCGGUGAUGCUGUCCUCGACCUGGUAGUCAUUCACUACUUGUACAAUAAAUUCCCGAACGCAAGUUCCCAUCAACUCGCGUUUCCUCGUACCAAAGCGGUCUGUGCUCCUGCUCUCGCCUCUCUGGCCGUCCGAUGUCUGGGCGUACAUAAAUUCAUGCUCGCGAAUAACGUAGCGCUCAACCUCGCCAUAUCGCAAUACGUCCCUCACCUGGAACGUGCUUCGGCGGAAAUAAUUGUCCGAGAUGGAUGGCGAUAUGAUCCACCCAAGGCGCUCAGUGAUGUCUUUGAGAGCAUUAUAGGUGCUGUCCUCGUUGAUUCUGGGUGGAACUACGAAAAGACGGCUGUCAUUGUGGAAACCCUUAUGGGUGAGAUUUUGGAACUCCUAUCGCCGUCGGUUUGUAGGGACCCUGUGACGAUCCUGACGGAAUGGCUUGGGAGUGUAAAGUGCCUUCAGAAGGUCCAGUUUAGUCGUGGAAACCGCGAUGGAAGGGAGGGCACUGAAGUCCAUUUACAUGGCGUUCUCAUUGCGGGACCUAUUGUCUCCAACAGUCCGGCGGUCGCCAAGAAUAUGGCUGCCGAAAGGGCGUUUUCUAUUCUGCAAGAUGGCAACGACGAACGGUCACUUGGAAAGAUAUGUGAUUGCCAUUCACAUCGCCCGCAAGCUAUAGUGGUAGCGGAACAACCUACACAGGGUAUACAAGAGUGUUGCUAG